CUACACACAGCAUCCCUGCAUGCUUACCUAAGGAGACCCCCACUGACCAAUCACUGGCAGAUUACUUGAGACAGGCAGCACGCCGCUCAUCCGCAAUACUGCGGCUCAACAGCUGGCCGACGUACAGAAACAGCACCCAGAUGAACUGUUUAACCUGCUUGGUCGCAUCCUGCCUUAUCUGCGUUCCAAAUCGUGGGACACCAGGACGGCUGCUGCCAAGGCCAUUGGUCUAAUCGUCACAAAUGCAGACACGUUUGACCCGAAUGAGGAAGACGGUGAACACAUCAAACCAGCCGACGAUGAAGAUGGCGGCAUUGAGAUCAAGUCGGAGGGUGAGUCGCCUGCCACGGCCACUGACCUUCUUCAACUCGAGACCAUGGAUCUUCCCGCCAUCUUGAAAUACGGCAAGCGGUUACUGGGAAGUGCAGGGAAGGAGUACGAAUAUUCCUUAGCCGCCAUGGAUCCUGCCGCUCGACUUCAGCAUCAGAAGAAGACCCUGCACUCUCGCCUGGGGCUUGCAGGAGAGUACAUUGAGGAGGAGCUGAUCGAUGACAGCGAUCUUGUCCUCAAGACGCCUGGAAUCAAGGAUGAAGCUCCACAGCACAGAGAUAGCGUCCACCAGCUACCGUCCACGACCCCUCUUGCAUCGCCUAUGGAAACCGCCAACGGGGAGGAGGCCGGUCUCAGUAAGCGGCAGCUCAAUCAACUGAAACGAAAGAACAAGCAGAGCGCAAAAAUGGGUGCGAACAAAGUCCGAGUUGUAGACUUGUCGGCUCGGAGACCGUCGGAGAACGUCACCACACCUGCUGCCGUCACUCCUCAUCCGAUCAAGACAGAAAACGGCGAGGAGCGUAAUGGCGAGGUGAAACAGGACUACUUCAACCUUGAACGCUCGGCUGGCGGCGACGACGAUCAGAAGAUUGUUUCAGAAUUCAAAGGGUCGGUCGCCCCCGAAAAGUCCUACAUCCAACCGGAGAUUACCGACGAGGGUCCUAGCAAUUCAUGGCCAUAUGAUCCUAUGUGCGAGUUUCUAAUGGUGGAUAUCUUCGAUCCCAAUUGGGAGGUGCGUCACGGGGCCGCAAUGGCGCUUCGUGAGGUUAUCCGCGUCCAAGGUGCUGGAGCGGGCCGUGUGCGAGGGAAGAGCAGGGCCGAAAACAAUGUCCGCAACCGCAAAUAUCUGGACGAUCUCGCCUGCCGGCUUCUUUGUGUUCUCAUGCUGGAUCGGUUUGGUGACUACAUCUCCGACAACGUGGUGGCGCCCAUCCGAGAGACCGUGGGUCAAACACUGGGUGCACUCUUAUCCCAGCUCCCAUCGCGCUCCGUGGUCGCAGUCUAUAAGUGUCUGUAUCGGAUCAUUAUGCAGAACGACCUUGGACUGGAGCGGACCAUUUGGGAGGUUUGCCACGGUGGGAUGAUCGGUCUCCGAUACUUGGUAGCAGUUCGCAAAGACAUCUUGGUGAAAGAUUCUGUGCUCAUGGACGGGGUUUUGGAGGCUGUGAUGAAGGGACUGGGUGACUACGACGACGAUGUGCGGGCUGUCAGCGCUGCAACCCUCGUUCCUAUGGCCGAGGAAUUUGUCGCUUCCCGUCAGGCCACACUAGGCCAUUUGAUGACCAUUGUAUGGGACUGUCUGUCGAAUUUACAAGACGACCUGAGCGCCAGUACAGGCUCGGUCAUGGAUCUAUUGGCCAAGCUAUGCACUUUCCGCGAGGUCCUGGAUGCCAUGAAGGCAAAUGCAUCCGUAGAUUCUGAGUCCUCGUUUGGGAACCUCGUUCCCCGCUUAUAUCCUUUCCUACGACACACUAUCACCAGCGUCCGUUCAGCCGUUCUCCGCGCUCUAAUCACCUUUUUGCAGUUAGAGGGCGAGGGCACGAACGGUUGGGUGAACGGCAAGGCGUUACGCCUGAUUUUCCAGAACUUGUUAGUUGAGCGCAACGAAGGUGUGCUCAAGCUCUCUCUACAGGUGUGGUCGGAGCUGCUCAGGGCUUUAGAAUCGCGCGGCUUGUUCAAGACUGAAGCUGAUCUCCUGAGCCAUAUCCAACCCUUGAUCACCCUGACCAUGUCCCCCUUUGGCGUUCCCCGAUACCCAAUCCCCAUGAAUGCUUCGCUCUUCAUCAAACCCUCCGGCGUUCCCUUCCCGAUGAGUGCUGCUGCUCCCGCCAAGUCCUCUCCCAGUGCAGUCAGUGCGCAGGUCGAUGGGGCCAAGAAGCGCGGACGCAAGGUAGAGAAGAAAGAAGCUCCUACUACGAUGUCUGCGCAUAAUGUCGAUGGCCACAUGCUUCAGGGCGAUAUCGACUUGGUAGGCGCCGAUACCAUGUUGCGAUCCAAGAUCUAUGCCGCCAAGGCGCUCGGCCAACUUCUUUCUGUCUGGGACAAGAGCGCACUUCCGAGCCUGUGGCAGUCUAUCGUAGAGGGUCUGCGUCAUUCCGCAUCCACGUCUCAGCUCUCGUCUGCGAUGAUUAUCGAGGAAUACGCCAGAGCGUCAGGUCCAGACAGCAAAUACUCUUCUACUCUCUGCGAGCAUUUGCGACCUAUCAUCGAAGGCGAGCGGCCGCUGUGGUACGGCGACAUCGCGUGCUAUCUGCAUGUUGCCCGCGCCCAGUGUCAUUCACUGCUCAACGCUUUCCGCGAUCAUGCUCAUGUUCCUAGCUCAAGACUUCCGACGCUGGCUGUCAUUGUCCAAGGAGACGCCGAGGCCGGCCCAAGUGCGUUCUCACUGGCAGAUGCUGAGAAGGUCAUUGGACCAGAUUUUGAGCGGUUAAAGAAAGGUCUGGCACCGGCUCAACGCAUCACGGCUCUGCAGGUUCUUAACGAUACGCGGGCAACCGCGGAGAAUUCUGUCGAAGAAGCAAGGAACGUGCGAGAACAGAGGGACCUACGGGUGCGGGCGGCUGCAGCUGGUGCAUUGGUGGCUCUGCACGAUAUUCCCAAGAAGCCGGGUCUCAUCAUCAAGGGAAUAAUGGACAGCAUCAAGAACGAAGAAAAUGCCGAGCUUCAACAGCGUUCCGCUACGGCGAUCUCAACAUUGGUGGAGUAUUACACUUUGGCCACCAAACGCGGGCCCGUCGACAAAGUCAUUGGAAAUCUGGUCAAAUAUUGCUGUGUCGACUCGUCUGAGACGCCAGAAUUCCACCACAACGCCUCGUUGGAGAAAUCAAUCCUCUCCUUACGCAAGGAAGAAGAUCGGCGCGAUCACCCUGACGCAGCGAAGUUCGAGCGAGAGGCGAAAGCGGCACGAAUCAUGCGUCGGGGUGCGAAGGACGCUCUCGAGCAACUUGCGACGAAAUUCGGUCCUGAUCUCUUGGAGAAGGUACCCAAUCUCGCCAAGCUGGUGGAGCGGCCCCUCAAGGACACGCUUACCGGGAGUCUUCCGGAGGACAUCCUUCACCCGGACAAUGAACUGGGCCAGGAAGUCGUUGAUGGGCUGUCCACCUUGCGCGCCCUGCUACCCAAAUUCGACCGUGGUCUGCACUCCUGGGUCAUUGGCCUCAUGCCUCUCAUCAUCAAGGCCUUGCAGUGCCGUUUGUCAGUCAUCCGAUACGCGGCUGCCAAGUGCUUUGCAACUAUCUGCAGCGUCAUCUCGGUGGAGGGCAUGACCAUGUUGGUCGAGAAAGUACUGCCCACCAUCAACGACCCCUUGGAUGUCCACCACCGUCAAGGCGCCGUCGAGUCUAUCUACCAUUUGAUCCACGUUAUGGAAGACCGCAUUCUUCCCUACGUCAUUUUCCUUGUCGUACCCGUGCUUGGACGGAUGAGUGAUUCCGAUAACGAUGUGAGAUUGUUGGCGACGACGUCUUUUGCGACGCUGGUUAAACUCGUCCCCUUGGAAGCUGGUAUUCCUGACCCGCCCGGUCUUUCUGAAGAGCUGCUCAAGGGCCGUGAUAGAGAGAGGAAGUUUAUGGCUCAGAUGCUGGAUUCGAAGAAGGUCGAGGAGUUUGCAUUGCCAGUGGCCAUCAAAGCGGAGCUUAGGCCUUACCAGCAAGAGGGUGUCAAUUGGCUUGCCUUCCUCAACCGCUACAACCUUCAUGGUAUUCUCUGUGACGACAUGGGUCUUGGUAAAACUCUGCAGACAAUUUGUAUUGUCGCAAGUGAUCAUCAUUUGCGAGCAGACGAGUUCGCCAAAACUCAAGCGCCAGAGGUUCGAAAGCUCCCGUCUCUGAUUGUCUGCCCACCCUCUCUUUCUGGUCACUGGCAACAGGAGGUCAAGCAGUACGCUCCGUUCCUAAACUGCGUUGCCUACGUUGGGCCCCCGGCCGAGCGCGCCAGACUGCAAGACAGCUUAAAUGCGGCGGAUAUUGUCGUAACAUCAUAUGAUAUCUGUCGCAAUGACAACGAUGUUCUGCGUCCGAUCAGCUGGAAUUACUGCGUGCUAGAUGAAGGUCAUCUGAUCAAGAAUCCCAAGGCCAAGGUGACGAUAGCGGUCAAGCGACUGGUUAGUAACCACCGGUUGAUUCUCUCCGGUACGCCCAUCCAGAACAACGUGCUGGAACUGUGGUCGUUAUUCGAUUUCCUGAUGCCCGGAUUCUUGGGUACGGAGAAGGUCUUCUUGGACCGGUUCGCCAAGCCGAUUGCGGCCAGCCGGUUCAGCAAGUCGUCCUCGAAAGAACAAGAAGCCGGCGCGCUAGCGAUCGAGGCGUUGCACAAACAGGUGCUUCCAUUCUUGCUCCGUCGCCUCAAGGAGGAGGUUCUGAACGACUUGCCACCGAAGAUCAUCCAGAACUACUACUGUGAUCCUAGUGAACUGCAGAAGAAACUCUUUGAGGACUUCUCCAAGAAGGAACAGAAGGAGCUUGCCGACAAGCUGGGAAGCUCCGAAAAGUCCGACAAGGAGCACAUCUUCCAAGCACUGCAGUACAUGCGUCGUCUCUGCAACUCCCCAGCGCUGGUGGUGAAGGAAGGCCACAAGCAGUACAACGAAGUCCAGAAAUACCUGACCACGAAGCACAGCAACAUCCGGGAUGUGUCCCACGCACCGAAGCUCAGCGCUCUGCGAGACCUGCUUCUUGACUGCGGCAUCGGCGUGGACCCGCCCACCGAGGGCGAUCUGGGCGCCGGAACCAGCUACGUGAGCCCGCAUCGAGCCUUGAUCUUCUGUCAGAUGAAGGAGAUGCUCGAUAUCGUCCAAAGUGAAGUCCUGCGCAAGCUGCUUCCUUCUGUUCAGUAUCUCCGGUUGGACGGUGGCGUCGAGGCCACGAAGCGUCAGGACAUUGUCAAUCGCUUUAACUCGGACCCGAGCUACGACGUCCUGCUUCUGACGACCAGCGUUGGUGGUCUGGGUCUGAAUCUGACGGGAGCCGACACGGUCAUCUUCGUGGAACACGACUGGAACCCGCAGAAGGACAUCCAGGCGAUGGACCGAGCCCAUCGUAUCGGUCAGAAGAAGGUCGUGAAUGUCUACCGCUUGAUCACGCGGGGAACACUAGAGGAGAAGAUCCUGAAUCUCCAACGCUUCAAGAUCGACGUGGCCUCGACGGUCGUCAACCAGCAGAAUGCCGGGCUGAACACGAUGGACACAGAUCAACUCCUGGACCUCUUCAACCUGGGCGAAACCGCCGACAACGCCGAGAAACCCAGCGAGCCAACCGGCAAUGAGGUGGACAUGGUGGACAUCGACGGCGAGGUCAAAGAAAAGGGCAAGAAGGGCUGGCUGGACGAUCUGGGCGAGCUCUGGGACGACCGCCAGUACCAGGAGGAAUACAACCUGGACUCCUUCCUUGCCACGAUGAAAGGCUGAAGCAGUCAGCCUCUAUCUUUUCGGCCAACUUCCUCGUCCCUUCCCCUCCAUCAAGGAGAAACCCGACAUAUUCCCCCCCUUUCUACCUUUCCUGAACUCCAAACCUCUACCUACUUACCUACCUACCUACCUACCUACCUCCCUACACACCCGAUCUCCAUCACCCCAGUACCCUGGAGUCCAUUGACCCACCCAAACCAUUUUAUUGAAUUGACGACCGCCUCGGAAGGACACGAGACGACCUGACCUUUGAUUUCCUGUUUUUGUUUCACCAUACCAUCAUACCAUGGAUAGACACGGAGGGCUUAUUUGAUUCAUCAUUGU